AUGCCUGGCGCAGCGGUGGAGCUGAUCCGCUACAAUGCCGAAACGCGGCGUUUCGAGGUCGGACCGCUCGCGCUGGAUGUGCUGCGCGCGACGACCACGCCAGUGGCAGUCGUCGCCGUCUGCGGGCGCGCGCGACAGGGCAAGUCCUUCAUCCUCAACCAGCUGCUGUCGGUGACGGCCGGCUUCCAGAUUGGCAGCACGCACCGGCCCUGCACCAAGGGCCUGUGGAUGUGGUCAACGCCGCAGGCGCGCACUGACGCGGACGGCAACCCAUACCACCUGGUGCUGCUGGAUACGGAGGGGAUCGACGCGUACGAUCAGACAGCCCAGUACAGCACGCAGAUCUUCAGCCUGGCCGUGUUGCUUAGCAGCCUGUUUGUUUACAACCAGAUGGGCGGCAUUGACGAGGCGGCGCUGGACAGGCUGAGCCUGGUGGUGGAGAUGUCGAAGCACAUCAAGGUGCGCAGCGGCGCGACUCACGGCGCUAACGGCGUCAGCAGCGGCGGCGACGGCAGCGCCGCCAGCAGCACGGCAGGCGCCGCCGCGGGCGGCGACGACGCGGCGGCGCGGGAGCUGCGGCGCUUCACGCCCAGCUUCCUUUGGCUGCUGCGCGACUUUUAUCUGAAGCUCGAGGACGAGCACGGCCGCAAGGUGACUGCGCGCGAGUACCUGGAGGCAGCGCUGACCCCUGUGGCCGGCGGCGGCGCCGGCGUGGACGCCAAAAACGCGAUCCGCAGCUCCAUCAAGGGGCUCUUCCCGGACAGGGACUGCGCGACCCUGGUGCGCCCCAUGCACGAGGAGCAGGCCCUGGUAUCUCUUGACACGACGCCGCGGGAGGAGCUGCGGCCCGAGUUCAAGGAGGGCGUCGCGUGGCUGCUGCGGCUGAUCCUGCUCAAGGCGCAGCCCAAGCGCCUGGGCGGCUUUGUGCUGACUGGGCCGGUGCUGGCCGGUCUGACUGAGGCGUAUGUGGCGGCCAUCAACGACGGCGCAGGGGUGGCGGAGCAGGAGUGCCGGCGGGCUGCGGACGCCGCAGAGGCCACCUACCGGGCGGAGUUUGAUGAGGCAGUGGUAGCGGAGGAGCCGGAGCUGGAGCGGGAGCACACGCGAGCGCUCACGGUCGCGAAGGGCGCGUUCGCCGCGGUGGCGAUCGGCGAGUGGAGCAUCCGGCGCGCGAAUGAGGCGCGGUUCCUGGACGCCUGCGCGGCCAGGUUCGCGCAGGUGCGGGCACGCAAGCUGGCUGAGGCGGCGGCCAGCGUGAACGACCUAUUGCUGAGCGCCAGCAGCGCCCUGGCGGCGGCAGCGACGACGCCGGCGGCGGCGUCGGCGAGGAACGGCGGCGGAGGGGAGGGGGCCGACCCAGAGGCGGGGCCGGAACCGGCCAGUAGCGCGGCGGAGGUGGAGGCGCAGUUGUCGCGGUUCCUGGACGGUUACGCGUCGUCGGCCUGUGGCCCCACCAAGUGGCCCAAGCUGAUUGAGUUUAUGAAGCACACGUACCCCGCCCUCGCACGUGGCGCGGCUGCCGCGGCAGAGGAGCGGGGUCGGCUCGAGGCGCGGCGGCUGCAGGCCGAACUGGACUGCGUGCGGGCAGAGGCAGCGGCGGCGGGCGCGCGGGGCGACGGGCUAGCGCGGCAGCUGGUCGCCGCGGAGGCCCAGGCAGAGGCGUCGGGGCGCCGCGCGGCGGAGCAGGCGGCUGAGCUGGCGGACCUGCGGGUGGCGCUGGAGAGGGAGCGGUCCAAGGCCCUGUUGCUGGAGGGCCACCUGACAGAAGCGCAGCUGAUAGCAGAGAAGAGGCUGCUGUGCGCGCAGCAGGAGUCCGAGGCGCGGGCGCGGGCGGAGGCGGAGCAGCACGGCCAGCAGGCGGUGGCGCUGGGGGCGCAGGCCGCGGAGGAGCGGCGGCGGGCGGAGGCGCUGUCAGCAGAGGUGGUGUGCGAGCUGCGAAGCCAAGUCGAGGGAUUGACCGGCCAGCUGGCAGCGGCGCAGGACGAGGCCGCCAGCUACCUGUCGUCCUUUGGCGGCGCCAAGCAGGAGCAGGCAGCGCUGCAGCGGGCACUGGAGGAGGCCUCCGCCGAGAUUACGGGGCUGCGGCUGGCCGGGGCUGCGGCCGCGCGCGUGAGCGCGCGGACUGUCGCUUGA